AGCGAGGUCGUGGGAGUACAUGAUCUGUUUUCUCCUAUUUGCUGUUCUCUACAUAGUUUCCUACUUCAUAAUCACAAGAUACAAAAGGAAAGCAGAUGAGCAAGAGGAUGAAGAUGCCAUUGUUAACAGAAUAUCGCUGUUCUUGAGCACCUUCACUCUAGCAGUUUCAGCUGGUGCAGUCCUGCUUCUGCCUUUCUCAAUAAUCAGCAACGAGAUCCUGCUUUCUUUUCCACAAAACUACUAUAUUCAGUGGUUAAAUGGCUCACUAAUUCAUGGUUUAUGGAAUCUUGCUUCUCUUUUUUCAAAUUUAUGUUUGUUUGUGUUGAUGCCUUUUGCCUUUUUCUUCCUGGAAUCGGAAGGAUUUGCUGGCUUAAAAAAGGGCAUCAGAGCACGCAUUCUGGAAACCCUUGUAAUGCUUAUUCUUCUUGCACUGCUUAUCCUUGGAAUCGUAUGGGUGGCUUCGGCCCUCAUAGACAAUGAUGCUGCCAGUAUGGAGUCUUUGUAUGACCUCUGGGAAUUCUACCUCCCGUAUUUAUAUUCCUGUAUAUCACUGAUGGGAUGCUUGUUACUUCUGUUAUGCACGCCAGUGGGACUUUCACGGAUGUUUACAGUAAUGGGUCAGUUGCUGGUGAAGCCAACAAUCCUUGAAGACCUAGACGAGCAGAUGUAUAUCAUCACUUUAGAGGAAGAAGCGAUUCAGAGGAGGCUUAAUGGUGUAUCUUCCACGGUGGAAUACCAGACAGUAGAGUUGGAAUGGGAGCUUGAAAAAGUGAAAAGCAAGAAAACCAAUCUAGAACGGCGGAAGAAAGCUUCUGCUUGGGAAAGGAAUUUAGUUUAUCCAGCCGUUAUGAUAUUGCUACUGACUGAGACGUCCAUCUCAGUCCUCUUAGUUGCUCUCAACAUUCUUUACCUGUUGGUUGAUGAGACUGCCAUGCCAAAGGGAUCAGGGGGGCCUGGAAUAGGAAAUGCCUCCCUAUCCACCUUUGGUUUUGUGGGAGCAGCACUUGAAAUCAUUUUGAUUUUCUAUCUUAUGGUGUCCUCUGUCGUCGGCUUCUACAGUCUUCGGUUUUUUGAAAAUUUCACUCCCAGGAAGGAUGACACAACUAUGACAAAGAUCAUUGGAAACUGUGUCUCAAUCUUGGUGCUGAGCUCUGCUUUGCCAGUGAUGUCAAGGACACUGGGAAUCACCAGAUUCGAUCUGCUUGGAGAUUUCGGAAGGUUUAACUGGCUGGGAAACUUCUACAUUGUCUUAUCUUACAACUUGCUCUUUGCUAUUGUGACAACGUUGUGUCUGGUCAGAAAGUUCACUUCCGCUGUGCGAGAAGAGCUCCUGAAGGCAUUAGGCUUAGAUAAACUUCACCUGUCAAACAAUCCAAGAGACUCGGAGACAAAGCCGUCUGCAAAUGGGCAUCAGAAAACACUGUGAUCGACAAUCACCUGCAAUCAACAGGGCUGAAAACACCAACCUCGCGGCAUUCAAUUCCUGUCAUCUCAUCAGCAUUUUAAUAUUGACUUUAUUUGUUGAUAAUUUGGGUCCAGCCUUGUCUCAUUUUUGAUGCUGUGUGCUUCUGAGGAAGUUAGGUAUAGCAGAUUCUUCUCUUGCCAGUGAACUUUUGGUCUGCUUGUUUAUUUCCCAGUGGGUUGAUGCAGGAGGUGCCUUGAGGACUGGAAGUGGAAGAGAGUAACGUACUCCUCUUGAUUUGCUGACAGUCUCACACCUUUAGAUACGAUCCUGCUGCCGUUUGAAUGCACAGUGCCUCCUGUGUUACACAGACCCAGCUAUACAGAAAAAGUCUGG